GCCCUGAGCAAAGAUGGCGGCGGCGGCCUUUCCCCCGAUAGGGCCGGGAGCCUGGUCUCUCCCCUGGAGCCGACGCUCCGCGUUUCCAUGGUAACGGUAAUUUGAUUAUUGAUUUUGGAGAUGCCAGAUGGCCUCAAAUGAUGAAGAUGCCAUUGCUUGGUACCAAAAAAAGAUUGGAGCCUAUGAUCAGCAGAUAUGGGAAAAAUCUAUAGAACAAACUGAGAUGAAGGGCUUCAAAAACAAACCCAAAAAGAAAGGCCGCAUACAGCCUGAUCUUAUAGAUGUUGAUUUAAUCAGAGGUUCAACAUUUGCCAAAGCUAAACCUGAAAUUCCUUGGACAUCUCUGACAAGGAAAGGGCUUGUGCGGGUUCUUUUCUUCCCCUUUUUUAGCCAGUGGUGGAUACAAGUAACUUCCUGGCGUAUUUUUACAUGGCUGCUAGCGCUCUACCUCCUACAAGUCAUAGCAGUUGUGUUGUACUACAUGAUGCCAGUUGUGAGUGCAAGUGAAAUUAUUGGACCAUUGUGCCUUAUGCUGCUGAUGGGGACUGUACACUGUCAAAUAGUAUCUACACAGUUAUCAAGGCCAUCAGGAAUGGAUGGAAGCGGUAUUGGCCGGAGAAGGAGGAAAAUGCGGAAAUUUGCAGGAGGUGACGGCAGCAUUCCAUACUCUUCCUUAGACAAACUCAGCAGAUCUGAGGAGCCGUCAGAGUUUUCAUCCAGAAUCAGCAGCUUCUUUGACUCAGUAUUGCGGAGAAGGAGCAGGGAGGGGAUUAAAAGGGGAAGGCGGGUAGCGGAUAAAGGGACUGAAACGGAACAUAGCAGUGGCACGAAACGCCGGAUCUCCAGAUCUGAGCAUAGUUUGCAGCGGUCCAAGGAGGCGGUCUUACCUAGUGCAGAAAAAACCUUGAUUAAUGCCAGGCGCUCUGGGGUUUCUGAUGAGCUGUCAAGUGAGGAGGAUACAGAUGCUGUGAGUCAGAACAUUUUGUUGCGCAGAAGUGUAGAAGGUGCCCCUAGUGAAAAUCAGAGCAGGAAAUCUGUUACUACUCCUUCUGUUUCUCCAAACCAGUCAGUAUCACAGGUCAAGGAGGUCGUGAAAUCUAUGCAAGACUCUGACAGCAUAGAGGAAUCGGAACUGGACACAAAAGUUAUUCAUGAGGAGUCCAGAUCCUAUCAUAGUAGUGGAUCUCGGAGUGGCAGUGCAUCCCACAGAGACUCGUCCAGCACCCGCCAUGACUCUGAGACAGAAGAUGUGCUGUGGGAUGAUUUGCUUCACGGCCCUGAGUACCGCUCCUCCUACACCAGCGACAGCGAGGGAGCCAAAGGAAAAGAAGCAAAGGGAAGCAAACGUGACCUGAAGGAGGAUGUUUUCCAGCAGAACCACUUGUUCUGGCUACAGAACACAAACCCAGCCUCUACCAAAGUGAGUGCCCUCAUCUGGGAGGGGAAUGAGUGCAAGAAGGUGGACAUGUCUGUGCUGGAGAUCAGUGGGAUCAUCAUGAGCAAGGUCAAUGCCUAUCAGCAAGGAGCUGGUUACCAGUGGCUGGGAAAUACUGUUACCAUUGGCUUAGCUUUCCUUCCAUUCCUCUAUCGACUCUUCCACUCCAAGACCCUGGAGCAGUUAUGGUCCCUUUCUCUAAAAGAACUUUUAUAUAUCUUUUGUGGGGCUCCCACCAUCCCUCCGGUUGUCGCCCUUUCAGCAAUCAUCUUCCUUGAGCGCCUGUGCCUUACCUGGAUGUUUUUCUUCAUGAUGUGUGUUGCCGAGAGAACAUACAAACAGCGGUUUUUGUUUGCAAAACUUUUUAGCCAUAUCACUUCUGCUCGGAAAGCCAGGAAGUAUGAAAUCCCUCACUUUAGACUCAAGAAAGUUGAAAACAUUAAGAUCUGGCUAUCACUCCGGUCCUACCUAAAGAGGCGAGGCCCACAGCGAUCUGUCGACGUGGUUGUAUCUUCCAUCUUCUUAUUGGCUCUUUCCAUUGCUUUCAUAUGCUGUGCACAGGUUUUAAAAGGUCACAAGACAUUCUUGAAUGCUGCUUACAACUGGGAAUUCCUAAUCUGGGAAACAGCCCUGCUUCUCUUCUUGUUGCGUUUGGCAUCCCUGGGCUCCGAGACCAACAAGAAAUAUAGUAAUAUUUCAAUUCUACUCACUGAGCAGAUAAACUUAUAUCUUAAGAUGGAAAAGAAGCCAAACAAGAAAGAACAGCUCACACUGGUGAACAACGUCUUAAAACUUUCUACCAAACUCCUGAAGGAGUUAGAUACUCCAUUUAGACUGUAUGGCCUGACAAUGAAUCCCUUAAUCUACAACAUUACUCGUGUGGUGAUCCUGUCUGCAGUCUCUGGUGUUAUAAGUGAUCUACUGGGAUUCAACAUUAGAUUGUGGAAAAUCAAACCGUGACUUGAAGAAGAAAGAAGCUUGGGCCCUUGUCCAGUGCCACAAAGAGUUAUCGGCAGUCCUGCAUGGGCUUGGUAUGGCAUUUGAAGGUGCUUCUCUCAUUUUAGUAGUCCUCACAUCUCAUGUUUUUCAUACAUUCUGUCAAGACCAGAAUAAAUUACUUUUAUUCUCAGUGAGGCCAUGGCUUGAAGAAAUGGUUAAAUAAACCUUAGUAUACGGGCUUCUUAGAAUAAAGUUAUCUGACAAACCUGCAGCUCCCAUGGAGUGCAGUAGUAUGAAAUCAUACAACAGAUAUUUGUUGCAUAAACAAAACCACUGCAACAAGCCAGUCAUUUUCUGACCUGAAAAGGCUUGCUGUUAAGUCAUCUGUAAGGGGAACAGAACUUAAUGCAUACUACAAACAUGUUAAGGGACAUGUUUUUAAAAUGAGGUGGCUGAGCAUGGUGCUAUGUUCUAAGUUCAGAGAGGUGCUUGUUUUUGGCAGAAUCACCUCCUUUUGGUAGCUUGCUCUUGACCCACUUUAAAGUGCCUCCAAUAAAAUUUUCUUGAAUGGCACUAGACUUAGCAGCAGAAGCUGCUGGAGGCCUUGCCUACUGAUGUUGAUUUAUAAGAGAAGGAAAUUAUAUACUCAACUUGUGGUGAUGGAUUUUUAUCUCCAGGCAUGCAGCGGUUGCUUAGGAACACACAAACAGCUCCAGAAGGUGGCUUACAAUAGGCCUGCCACACACACCAGGAGAGAUGAUAGUUUUUAUAUGAUUAGCAUUCUUCAAAUAACUCAUUAUGUGAACUCAGACUGAUCUGAACAAGCAAAGCAAUCUCUCCAUGAGAGAAUACAGCAAUGUUUAUGUGCUUCCAGAGAGAGCAGAUAUUUUACAGUAUUUAAGAGGCAAUUAGAACCAAAUUUCUGCUGGGAUAGAUUACAACACCCAUUGCUGGCAUUUAGCUGCACGGAAAGUGGGAUGGACCUGAAAAUUUUCCCACUGCAGGGAGCUAUCGAUUAAAGAACUUUACACACAAUCCUUCCCAAGUAGGGUAAGUAUUAGGGCUGUGGACUGCUUCACACAAGCACAUUUUCUAUAGCUGUACUGAUUUUCACAUAUGGUAUACAGAUGGUUUACCAUACAUAAAUAUUUAGAACCUAUAUGGCAGCUUCUGAAUGUACAUGCAGCAAACCCAUUAUUUCUAUUGUUUUUCUAUUUGUGAUAUUAUAAUUUUAUUCCUAAAUCCACAUACAAAUAUGUGAAGUAACUCUAAAAGGGCUUACCAAAUUAUCACUGAGUGGUUGGUUGCUGUCACUAGUAUGUAUGGAAUAGUUGAAUAUUUUUAAAAUCAGCACUGCCUGUAGCAUCUUAAGAUAUACUUUGUAUAUGAUACUGUUUAUACAAACAGCUUUGUAUAAACUGUUUAUUGUCAUACAAUAUUCUUCAAGUCCAACUAAAUGUUAGUAAUGUGGAUGAAUAAAACAAGUAAUGUAAACACUGAA